GGUGAGGGAUGGCAGGCCUGGCCUGCGCGGGCGGGCCUUAGGUGAAAGACCGGCUUAGAGUUGGGCUCCCCGCGGCGCGGGUGGGAAGAACGCGGGUUAGACCCCGGCUCACGAGAACAACUGACGUGAGGAGCAGGCUGUGGUGUAUCCCGGGCAGCCUCCACCCUCUGCGGACCCGGGGCCUCCAUCCGGGCCCCGGAGACGCCGCGGCCGGGGUCUUCGGCUCCCGUCAGCCCGGGGCGUGUGUGUCUCUUUUCCCAGCGGGAUCCGACCCAGACCGCGGUCCCCGACUGCCACCCCCCGGAGCCGGCCAGUGGACGCAGAGUGGCCCGUGGUCUCUCGGUGAUGGCCGGGCAGCUUCCUCCUGUAGCAGAAGUGCUCUAGCAUCCUUCCGUUCCGCCUCCUUGAGCUCCCGUGCCGUGCAGGCAGGAAAACCACUGUCAUCAAGAUGUCAGGGAUUGGAAAUAAACGAGCAGCUGGAGAGCCAGGCACAUCAGUGCCUCCAGAGAAGAAGACAGCUGUUGAAGAUUCAGGGACCACAGUGGAAACCAUUAAACUAGGGGGUGUGUCUUCAACGGAGGAGUUAGACAUUCGAACAUUGCAAACCAAAAAUCGCAAGCUAGCGGAAAUGCUGGACCAACGGCAGGCCAUUGAAGAUGAACUUCGUGAACACAUCGAAAAGCUGGAACGACGGCAGGCCACCGACGAUGCCUCCCUGUUGAUUGUUAACCGGUACUGGAGUCAGUUUGAUGAAAACAUCCGUAUCAUUCUUAAACGUUACGAUCUGGAACAGGGCUUGGGAGACCUACUCACAGAAAGGAAAGCUCUGGUUGUGCCAGAACCAGAGCCUGACUCUGACAGCAAUCAGGAACGCAAAGAUGACCGAGAGAGAGGGGAAGGGCAAGAACCAGCUUUCUCUUUCCUUGCUACUUUGGCCAGCAGUUCCAGUGAAGAGAUGGAGUCUCAGCUGCAGGAGCGUGUGGAGUCCUCCCGCCGAGCUGUGUCCCAGAUUGUGAAUGUGUAUGAUAAGUUACAAGAAAAAGUGGAGCUUUUGUCCCGGAAGCUAAACAGUGGAGAUAACCUGAUAGUGGAAGAAGCAGUGCAAGAGUUGAACUCCUUCCUUGCGCAAGAGAACAUGAGGCUGCAGGAACUGACAGACUUGCUCCAGGAGAAGCACCGCACCAUGUCUCAGGAGUUCUCCAAGCUGCAAAGUAAAGUGGAGACAGCUGAGUCACGAGUGUCUGUCCUGGAGUCCCUGAUUGAUGAUCUGCAGUGGGAUAUUGACAAAAUUCGAAAGAGGGAACAGCGACUCAACCGACACUUAGCGGAAGUCCUAGAACGGGUGAAUUCUAAAGGAUAUAAGGUGUAUGGAGCAGGGAGCAGUCUCUAUGGUGGCACAAUCACUAUCAAUGCCCGGAAGUUUGAGGAAAUGAAUGCAGAGCUUGAGGAGAACAAAGAGUUGGCUCAGAACCGUCACUGUGAGUUGGAGAAACUCCGGCAAGACUUUGAGGAGGUCACUACCCAGAAUGAGAAGUUAAAGGUGGAAUUACGGAGUGCAGUGGAAGAAGUGGUUAAAGAAACUCCAGAGUACCGCUGCAUGCAAUCACAGUUUUCUGUUCUGUACAAUGAGAGUCUUCAGUUGAAAGCACACCUGGAUGAGGCUCGGACCCUACUUCAUGGCACACGGGGAACCCACCAGCGCCAGGUUGAGCUCAUUGAGCGAGAUGAGGUUAGUCUUCAUAAGAAGCUGAGAACUGAAGUGAUCCAGCUAGAAGAUACGUUGGCUCAGGUGCGCAAAGAGUAUGAAAUGCUGAGGAUAGAAUUUGAGCAGACUCUUGCUGCCAAUGAACAAGCAGGUCCUAUAAAUCGGGAGAUGCGCCACCUCAUCAGUAGCCUCCAGAAUCACAAUCACCAGCUGAAAGGGGAAGUCCUAAGGUAUAAGCGAAAACUGAGAGAAGCUCAGUCAGACCUAAACAAGACACGUCUGCGCAGUGGCAGUGCCCUUCUGCAGUCUCAGUCUAGUACUGAGGACCCUAAGGAUGAACCUACAGAGCUGAAACAAGACUCUGAGGAUGUGUCCAGCCAGUCAUCAACACUGAAGGCAUCUCAGGAAGAUGUCAGUGAAAUUAAGUCCAAACGGGAUGAAGAGGAGCGGGAACGAGAAAGGCGGGAGAAAGAAAGGGAGAGAGAAAGAGAACGAGAGAAGGAAAAGGAAAGAGAACGAGAGAAGCAGAAACUAAAAGAGUCAGAAAAAGAGAGAGAUUCUGCUAAGGAUAAAGAGAAAGGGAAACAUGAUGAUAUCAGGAAAAAGGAAGCAGAAAUUAUCAAACAACUGAAGAUUGAACUCAAGAAGGCACAAGAGAGCCAGAAGGAGAUGAAACUACUGCUAGAUAUGUACCGCUCGGCACCAAAGGAGCAGAGAGACAAAGUGCAGCUGAUGGCAGCUGAAAAGAAGUCUAAGGCAGAGUUGGAGGAUCUAAGGCAAAGACUGAAGGAACUUGAGGAUAAGGAAAAGAAAGAGAAUAAGAAAAUGGCUGAUGAAGAUGCCUUGAGGAAGAUCCGGGCUGUGGAGGAGCAGAUAGAAUACCUGCAGAAGAAGCUGGCCAUGGCCAAGCAGGAGGAAGAAGCUCUCCUCUCCGAGAUGGAUGUCACUGGCCAGGCUUUUGAAGACAUGCAGGAGCAAAAUAUUCGCCUGAUGCAGCAGUUGCGGGAGAAGGAUGAUGCCAAUUUCAAGCUCAUGUCAGAACGAAUCAAAUCCAAUCAGAUCCAUAAGUUGCUUAAAGAAGAGAAGGAGGAGCUUGCAGACCAGGUUUUAACUCUAAAGACUCAGGUGGAUGCGCAGUUACAGGUAGUAAGAAAGUUGGAAGAGAAAGAGCACCUGCUGCAGAGCAACAUCGGCACAGGGGAGAAGGAGCUGGGUCUUAGGACCCAAGCCUUGGAGAUGAACAAGCGCAAGGCAAUGGAAGCAGCCCAGCUUGCUGAUGAUUUGAAAGCACAAUUAGAGUUGGCUCAGAAGAAGCUUCAUGAUUUUCAGGAUGAGAUUGUAGAGAAUAGUGUCACCAAAGAGAAGGAUAUGUUCAAUUUCAAACGAGCCCAGGAGGACAUCUCUAGACUUCGAAGGAAGCUGGAAACCACAAAGAAGCCAGACAACGUACCCAAAUGUGAUGAGAUUCUAAUGGAGGAGAUUAAGGAUUACAAGGCCCGUCUGACCUGCCCGUGCUGCAAUAUGCGUAAAAAGGAUGCUGUACUUACCAAGUGUUUUCAUGUUUUCUGCUUUGAGUGUGUGAAGACGCGCUAUGACACUCGCCAGCGCAAAUGUCCCAAGUGUAAUGCAGCUUUUGGUGCCAAUGAUUUCCAUCGCAUCUACAUUGGUUGAUUGCAUUAAGAAGAGAAACUGUCUGGACAAGCACUUGUUCAUUAACCACCAAACCUCUACCUCUUCUCUCCUUGGCAGUUUGUCAAUUCCUUUUCCUCCACAGACUUUAUGUCCAUGCUCUUCUCUCCAAUAGCUAGAUGACUUUAGGGAAAAAGACUGGUAAAUGUAAGUCUUGAGUUUUAGAAUGAAUUAGAAACAACUCAUACUUGUCUUCCCUACCAGCUAUUUUUUUUUUUUUUCUGCUUUAGGAUCUUUCAGCAUUUUCUUCUUUAGGCCCCUUCUACAAUCUUGGAUUGUCCAUUCUUCCUGAAGAAGAAAUGUUGGUAUUUUUGACAUGGAAAAGGGAACAAAGAGUGGAAACAUGGUCUUUUGGGGGAAGGACCUUUUGGAAAUAAGCUAUCUAUGGGCCCAGACUUUUAUUAAUUUGGAUAGUAUACUUUUUCUAAACUUAGAUUAUAAUAUGACAUAAUUGUGCUACUCUUUCCUGGAUGGUUUGAAGCCUUAAUGAAGUUAUAUCCAGGAGAGUUCAACUUAUUUCCUGUUUACUAGCAAAGUAGCUUUUACAGUCAAAUGGCUGUUUUGUUAAAGUUAUUUAAGUUUUAAAUAUUCAGCUACUUAGUCUUUAAAUUUCUUGAGGCUGAGAUAAUUUAAAAUAAUAAAGCCCCCGUUGUCUUUUAAUGAAAUCAGAAUUGGAAAAAAAUGAGAUAUACACUGAAUAUGCCUGGAAUACUCUGAGAAUUUGAAACAGAAAGGCCUUGGUGAGCUCUGACUUUGUCAUUCUCUUCUCCACAAGGGUUAUUAAGAUCCCUGUUUUCCAAAAGAUUCUCUUAAUAUUUCAGUAAGACUUUAUACUCCAUAAGUGUCAAUUAAAGCAGGAUUCAGUUUGCUUUUGUUUGUGGUUUAUUUUUUUGAGACAGUUAAUUUUACACAUGCUGUUAAUGAAUUCUCGAAUCAAAGAUUAUGAAGCUGGUUGUAUUAUUUAAAUUUAGUAUUUUCAUUACUUGAAGUUUUCUUUCAGUUUUAUUGAGUCUGUGCUGAGGAGAUACUAUGUGUAAAAGAUAUCAGUUGAUUUGACUGCUCAGUUCUCUUCCGUAGUUCACCAUGAGGUAGGAAUGGUAAUUUGUUUCUCAGGGAAUAUAACAUUGCUUGGUGCUUUGAGUUGACAGUUCUUGAAUUAGUUUUACAGUAACUAGCACACCGGAGGUUAUCUCUUUUUGGUAGGUAUUAUAUAAAUUGGAUCCUUCUUGAUUAGUAUUUGUCCCAGGUAAUGGUUAACAGCAAAUUCCAUGUCAUUUUGCUAUCCCCAGCUAUAAUCAGCAGAUUCAAGAUGAAUUCUAUAAGAUCAUGUGAUACCCUUUAAGAAAGGAAUCUGUUUGGGGAUUGUGCGAGGUCAUCAAGAGAGGUCAAGUUCUAUGGAUCAUUCUGCCCAACAGUGGUGGGAUUAGGCCUUGUUCCUAUUACAAUGCAUUUGCAUUCAAUAAUAGGGCCUUGUCCCCUUGCUGUUCACUCUCAUGAAGGCAAGUGUGAGCAUAAUUGUUAAGAAUAUUUGGGGAACAGAUGUUUUGUGACAUUAGCUGUUAAUGACAAUUGUCUAAGAAAGCCAGCUGUCCGGUGCCAGGGGACCGUGUGGCUCAUUGAUUGUUGUGGGGAAAGCACUAAUCCCAUGGGAAAUGGGUUUUAGGACAAGCUUCUCUGAGGAUGUAAGGAAUCAGGCAACAUAAGGUGAGCUCUCAAAAUCAUUUGCAGAUGACGUCCAAAAAUGGUGGUAAUUAUUUGAAUAGUCCAUGUUCCCUACCAAAAAGGUCAGUGAAUGGGCUUCAGGAAUGCCCCCAAAUUGCAUAUCAAAUUUUGUCAUAUGAAUAUUAUUUAUAUUUUUUUCUCAGACCCUUAAAAGAAUUUGGAGACUCAAUGGUUUGAAUCAUAGCUCUAGAUUCAUAGAAAUUUUAAAGGGUAAAUACUGGAAGGCUACUCAAUUAAAGUAAAA